AUGGGUUCGGCAGCGGCAGCGGCAGUGGGUAAGCAGUCGCCGGUAGAUGUCGAUUCUGCAUCGGAGGGACAAACGUCGGGAGUUGACCAGUAUUGUGGCGGUGGCAGUGAUGGUGGUGGUUGCAGUAAUGGUGGUGGUGGCAGUGGUGGUGGUGGUGGUGGUGACGGACAGCUGGUGCUGGUGGUGGUGGUGUUAAAAAUGGAAGGGGGUGACGGUGGUGGUGGCAGUGGUGGUGGUGGGCGAAGGACGAUGGGCACAACCUGA